UUGUACCUAUUUUGCUUGUAUUUUGCUUUAACAAUUGAGCCUCAGCGCUGGUGGUGCUGACCGGAGUGCUUGUUCAGAUCUUCGGGUAACUUCUGUAUUCGUAUUGUGCACUACCCUACCUACGUUAGAAUCUUUUUUUAGAGUAACUUUCGUUUUUUAAUGCCCAUUGCGCGAUUCUAGUGCCCUGGAAGCUUCAGUCGGUGACCUCUUGGUACAUGGGUUUGUGGUAGAUAAGUACCUACCUACAAACUAUCUACGUCCUACGAAUCGCAUGAAGUUUGUGCGAACUUGUAACAUAUUCGAUCACCAUAAGCGCCUAAUGUUUAGUGUAGCCCAUCAGCAUUGUUAAUCAUAAAAAUACCUGGCACAUAAAUGUGGUUAUCUGUAUGUAUGUACAUAUACCUAUAGCAUAAAGACCGCAACAUAUGCUAAACCAGGCCAAACCGUGGCUGAUCGAGGGUCUGAGCCUGGAGGAGGCGUGUGACAAGCGCCGCCUGCUGGAGCGCCUGCGGCAGCUGGAGACGGAGACGGCGCAGCUGGCGGAGCGGCGCGACACUCAGUACCGGCCCGUCACCGACUACAGCCACUGCCUGCGCAAGUACUUCAGCUGCGUCCAGAAGAGCAAACACAGCACCAACGAGCUUAUGAAGACCCGUGCCAGUCUGCGGCUGCACGCCGCUUGGGUGCGGGACCACCACUGCCGACUGGCCCGGGAGCGGCGCCGCCGGAGCGACGCGCCGCCGCCGCCCCAGGCUGACCCCACGCAGGUGACGGGCGAGCUGCAGCACUACGAUCAGCAGUGGCAGGAGGGCAUCGAGGUGGAGACGACGGCGGCCGGCGCCGGCGUGGGCGCGGCGUCUGUGGCGCGCGGCGCGCCGCCCCUGGCCGAGCGGCUGCUCUACAGCCGGCUGGACGCGGCCGAGAGCCGCGCGCUGGUCACAGAGGCGGCCGAGCGCGGCGCCUGGUGCCAGGUGGAGUUUGCGCUGGCGCACGACCGGCUGACGCUGACGGCCGACUGCGUGGUGGCCAUGUUCGUGUGCUGCCGGUGCCGCGGCCGCUGCUCGUGCCAGUGGACGCGGCUGGCGCUGGCCGCUCAGAGGAGGGUGCCAGAGAGGCCGGCACGCACGCGCGGCUGGGGAUGGAGGAAACUGCGCAUGGCCACCCAGUUGAUCAGGCUGCUGCAUAGCACCAAGGCGGAGGGCUAGACCGCGCAUGGAAUGGACGGUCGGAUGAUCAAAGGUCCAGCUCCAGAUAAUACCGCUGGCAUCCGUGCGGUAGGGAUGUUAUGAACUAUGAUUAUACGGUAUAUAUCGUGCUGUCUCGGGCGAGGAUAAAUGUUUACUUUCGAAAUCUAAGCUGCGUUGCGGCAUUGACGGUGGUGUGCGGUGUGUAUGCCGCAUUCUUAGUAAAAUGCGACCACUAAAAUAAAGACACUUUACCGCAAUAUAUAAUCUGUUUUUAAUGAAAAACAAUGCACAUUUUCAAUGUCAAUUGCUCUUAUCAGAAGAAAUUAAGAUUUACAUAGCUAAGUUUUUUUUUAUUGAUGGAGUUAAGUGCUUGUGCGAGGAACAUUGUAAUAGUUAUUUGAAAAUAUAUAAGCAUGACCUAUCCUCGAUAUUGAAUAAAACAAAGUGCCGAAAAAUGUAAUUUAUUGACAGAAAAUAUGUGAUAUUUCGGCCACUGGCCUUUGUCGAACAUAUAUAAUCAAGAUAAACAAUAGUUUCGUUUCGCCGCAUCGCGUUCCAACUGCCUCUACAAAAUUACGUACAUCAGUUCGUGACAAAAUCGAUAUCGUACCACUGUAACAAAGUAUUAUAAUUCCGUUGAAAGGUGAAAACUCUAUCUAUGAGUACACAGGUUUAGAUACACCUACCGGCCAAUAACAAUACCUAUAAUCAGGUUUAGAUACCUUCAUAAAGCUAGAAAAUCAUGACAAAGGCUUUAGACCGAAAGAAAGUAAGGACAGUUUAAGACGAAAUUAUCCUAACAUCUGUGAAGACCGCGUGUGGAAGGUGAGUCUAUACAAAUCAAAUGAAAACAAGCACAUCAAUAAACAAUCCAAAUCACUAAUACAUAUCUCAAAGGAGUUCGCACAACACAUAUACACACAUGUAGGUACAAUGUACAUACAUAUAAUUUCACAGGAUAGGCCAUGACGAAUCGUUACUGUUUAGACGUGGGCGGUGGUUCCUGAUCAUCAAAGACUCGGCUAUUUUUCGAUCCGGGUGGUCCUUAGACCUGUACAUGACUUUCACAGUGAGAGGUACUUUGCCAUCUACUGAGAUAUUAGAGUGGGAGGCCUGGAAAUGCUCUCCCAUGGGAGUAUCUGGAGUUCUAUUUUUGAGGUCACGUACAUGCUCGUUGAAGCGCAGUCGCAGGGGGCGCUUCGUUUCACCUAUGUACACACAGUCAUGUCCAUCCUGGCGACAAAGUUCACAUCGAAUUUCAUAUACAACAUUUUUCUGUGUACAAUCCCCCAUGAACCCAGUUGAACAUGUGUGGCAUCUCCUAGUCCUACCCCCCGGACAGGCUGGCUUCGACAUAGCGGAUCGUACUAGUUUGUUUUUUAUUUUUUCCUUGUUUUGCCACGCCACCCGUAUGUCUAAGCCUGAUCUUUUGACCUUACUUUUAAUCUUGCACAGCAGCUCCUCGUCUAUGUAUGGUAGACAACAAAAUGGGUACCCUAAUCACAUUCUACGAAGGCUUCUGCGAGAGGCGAGAGCACAGAGAAGACCUUCGGCUGAUGGGCAUCAGCGCCGAGCGCAGUUUGACG